AUGACUUCAUACACAUCUUACGGUGCCAAAGGCGGCGACACUGACGGCGGUUUCGUCUAUGGCGGCUCACAGCCAGGCAGCCAAGGAGGACAAGGCGGCGCAAAGGGUUUCUCCGACGAGUCCCUCCGCCCUGUGACGAUCAAGCAGCUCGUCGACCUCGAAGAAGCAUACCCGGGUGCCGACUUCUCCAUCGACGGCCACCCCAUCACCCAGGUCACCAUCGUCGGCCAGGUACGCCAGGUCAACCCCCAGUCCACCAACAUAACCUACCGCCUCGACGACGGCACCGGCGUCAUCGACGUCAAGAAGUGGGUCGACGCCGACAAGCAGGAGGACCUGGAGCCCAAGUACCAGCUCGACCAGUACGUCCGCGUCUGGGGCCGCCUCAAGACCUUCAGCGGGAAGCGCCACGUCGGCGCCCACUUCAUCCGCGCAGUCGACGACUUCAACGAGGUCAACUACCACCUCCUCGAGUCCACCUACGUGCACCUGUACCUGACCAAGGGCGACCUGGGCGCCGCCAACGGGGACGGCAACGCCGGAAAUGGUGAUAGCAUGUUCGUCGACUCAUACGGCGCGAACGGCGGUGGCGAGAACGCCGCGAAGCUUGGUGCUUGCGGGCCCAGCGCUCAGCGCAUGUACAAGUUCCUGUCCGACACGCCCGGCAGCGAGGGUGCGCACCUCAACCUCAUCACAAGCAGCACUGGCAUGACGACACGGGAGGUCCUGGGGGCAUCAGACGAGUUGCUAGGGCAGGGUCUUGUAUACACGACGGUCGAUGACGAGACGUGGGCAAUACUUGAGUACUAA